AUGAGCUCCCCGCCACCCGCCCGCAAGGGCUUUUAUCGCCAGGAGGUGACCAAAACGGCCUGGGAGGUGCGCGCCGUGUACCAGGACCUGCAGCCCGUUGGCUCUGGUGCCUAUGGUGCAGUGUGCUCUGCAAUAGACAGUCGCACUGGUAACAAGGUGGCCAUCAAGAAGUUGUACCGGCCCUUCCAGUCGGAGCUGUUUGCCAAGCGCGCCUACAGAGAGCUGCGCCUCCUCAAACAUAUGCGCCACGAGAACGUGAUUGGGCUACUGGAUGUGUUCACACCCGAUGAGACUCUGGAUGACUUCACAGACUUCUACCUGGUGAUGCCAUUCAUGGGCACUGAUCUGGGCAAGCUGAUGAAGCAUGAGACUCUGAGUGAAGACAGAAUCCAGUUUCUUGUGUAUCAGAUGCUGAAGGGGCUGAAGUAUAUCCAUGCUGCUGGCGUCAUCCACAGAGACUUGAAGCCUGGAAACCUGGCUGUGAAUGAGGACUGUGAGCUGAAGAUCCUAGACUUUGGCCUAGCCAGACAGGCAGACAGUGAGAUGACAGGCUAUGUGGUGACCCGGUGGUACCGGGCACCAGAGGUCAUCUUGAAUUGGAUGCGCUACACACAGACAGUGGACAUUUGGUCUGUUGGCUGCAUCAUGGCGGAGAUGAUUACAGGAAAGAUCCUGUUCAAAGGCAAUGACCAUCUGGACCAGCUGAAGGAGAUCAUGAAGGUCACAGGGACACCCCCUCCUGAGUUUGUACAGAAGUUACAGAGUGCUGAGGCCAAGAACUACAUGGAAGGCCUCCCUGAGCUGGAAAAGAAGGAUUUUGCCUCUGUCCUGACCAAUGCAAGCCCUCAGGCUGUGAACCUUCUGGAAAAGAUGCUGGUGAUGGAUGCAGAACAGCGGGUGACAGCAGCUGAGGCGCUGGCCCAUCCAUACUUCGAGUCCUUACAGGACACCGAGGAUGAGCCCAAGGCCCAGAAAUAUGAUGACUCCUUUGAUGAUGUAGACCGCACCCUUGAGGAAUGGAAGCGUGUUACUUACAAAGAAGUGCUCAGCUUCAAGCCUCCCAGGCAGCUAGGAGCCAGAGUCCCAAAGGAGACAGCUCUAUGAAGAUCUCUGGGUGGUUUGGGGUAUCCUGAGGAUCCUGGCUGGGAGCUUCACAGGUAUCCUGGCUCCCCUUCCCUGGAAGAGGAGUCCUGGUUAGCACUCUGAGUGUGCCUGGAACUUGUAUCCACCUGGAGAGACUGAGUAGACCCUCAAGUCACGGACCCUCCAUCUCCAAACCUGCUCCUCUGCUUUUGGGUGCAUCAGAUGACCCUGGCAGAACAUCUAAGCUUUCUUUCCAAGAUCCCCACCCAACACGGAACUAGCCUUUGAAUUCUGGAGUUGUGCUCCCUUUACCACUGUGCAUGAAAAGGCAUUGGAUCUGGCAGAGUUCAGGAGACAAGUGCUAGUCCCUGAGCUCUGCUUGCUCAGGACAGUGUCAAGGCCAACUCCUAAGAAGGAAGGAGAUAGAGGUGUGGGGGGC